AUGUUCGAAUCUAUAUUGAAUCGAGUUAAUGCCAAUAUUGGGGAUCUAAACGUUCGUUCCAUCCGGACACUCGAUGUUGCAGUCGUCUCUGUGACCGUAUGGGCUUUACUCAAGUUGAUCAAGGCAACGCGACGAUCAAGGAAUACGCAAUUAAAUGGGCCACCUAACGAAAGCUUCUUUUUUGGUCUCGGAAAAGUGUUGGACAAAGCCCCUGAUGGAGGACAGGUGUACGAACGAUGGGCGGAAGAGUACGGUGUGGCCUACAAAGUUCCAUCUGCGCUUGGGAAAUCACGGAUUGUCCUGUGCGACCCGAAGGCCAUUGCACACUUCUUCUCAAAGGAGACCUUCACAUAUGUCCUCACACCAGUGAGCAAGCUUGCGAUCGAAAGUAUAGCCGGGAGGGGGCUAUUAUGGGCCCAUGGCGAAAGCCACAGGAGGCAACGAAAGGCAUUGACUCCUGCGUUCAGCAAUGCCGCUAUCAGGAGGCUUACCGCAGUUUUCUACGAUUCUGCGUACAAGGCCAAAGCUGCAUGGGAAGCGCUUCUAGAAUCAAACCCAGAUGGUGCCAUCAUUGAAGUUCAGAACUGGAUGAACCAUAUUUCGCUCGAUAGCAUUGGAAUUGCGGGCUUCUCACACGACUUUGCUUCGCUGGAAGGCAAAUCCUCUACUGUUGUUGACGUUUUUGAAGAAUUGGGCAGUGCCAAACCGUCAAUUCUAUUCCCCAUUUUCAUCAUGCUUGCCCCUGUUUUCCCUUGGCUCAUCAAGAUACCUAAUUCGCGUAUUAAGCUAAUGCGAAAACUCCACCAUUCUAGCAGUGAGAUAUCGAAAGUGCUGUUGAAUCGUACUCGGGAAGAACUGCAUGGAGACGCCAAAGAAAUACAUGAAGACAAGUCUGUCAUUGGAUUAUUAAUCAAGCAUGAGGAUGAAAACGCAGAGAUUCAUAUAACACAGGAAGAAGUCAUGGCCCAGAUGAAUGUUUUGCUUAUUGCCGGCUACGAAACAACUUCCGUCAGCUUAACGUGGGCGUUGAUCGAGUUGUCUUACGAUCAAGAAAGGCAAACAAGACUGAGAGAAGAACUACUUAAAUUCUCCACCGAUCCUUCCUGGGAUCAACUAAAUAGCAACUUACCCUACCUGGAUGCGGUAGUUCAUGAAGUCCUCCGUCUCCGUCCUCCGCUACCGGACUUGACACGCAUCGCAACCGAAGAUGAUGUGAUUCCGCUCAGUGUUCCUGUCCAGACUACAUCUGGCGAAACUGUCGAUCACCUCACAAUCACUAAGGACACUUUGGUCACUGUUCCCAUUCGUUGCAUGAAUCGCUCCACCGAUGUUUGGGGACCUGAUGCUAAAGAAUUUAAUCCAGAGAGGUGGCUAGACGAGGAUGGAAUCCCUAGCAAGGCAAAGGAUAUCCAAGGCCACCGCCAUCUGCUUACCUUCUCAGACGGACCCAGGACAUGCCUCGGAAAGGGUUUUGCACUUGCAGAAUUCAAGGCUGUUUUAUCUGUGCUCGUAAGAAACUUUACAUUUGAGAUGCGGGAUGGGCCGGAUACGAAGGUCGAGCUUGCAAGGGGAUUUUUUCGUCGUCCUACGAUUGUCGGUGGGGAGGGAUGUCGGGUACCCCUUCGAGUUCGCCGAGUGGAGUAG